GCCCGGGCCCCGCCCCCCCGGCGCGGCCCCGCCCCCGCCCGCCCAAGUCUGCGCGCGAAUUCCGUGGCGCCAAUUGAGGACUGCAGUCGAGCGCCGAGCGGUUCCGGGUGUGACGCGCGAGACAGCGGCGCGCGGGGCCGGCGCGAGGAACGUCUGGCUGGAGAAGAGGAGAAGGAGAGGGGGGAGAGAGCAUUCGGACGUCACCAUGCAGCGGAGUAUCAUGUCAUUUUUCCACCCCAAGAAGGAGGGCAAAGCGAAAAAGCCGGAGAAAGAGACCUCCAGCAGAGAGACAGAGCCACCUCCAAAGGUGGCGCUGAAGGAACGGAACGGAGAGGUGCCUGAGAACGAUUCUCCAGUGAAGAGGCCAGGGCGGAAGGCGGCCCGGGUCCUGGGCAGUGAAGGGGAGGAGGAGGACGAAGCCCUCACGCCCUCCAAAGGCCAGAAGCCGGCCCCAGGCUCUCCACAGGUCUCCCCUCCCAGCCCUGUCACAUUUCCCGAGGGCAGCCCUCCCCUCUCCAACACCUCUCCUGCGGGCCUCUCCCCAACGGGGAUCCCGAAGCGGCGCACAGCUCGGAAGCAGCUUCCUAAACGGCCGAUUCAAGAUAUCCUGGAAGAACAGAGCAAGGAUGAGGACAGAGAGGCAAAGAGGAAGAAGGAAGAAGCAGAGACCCCAACAGAAAGCCUCACAGAGCCUGAAUUGGCCCAAAAGGAGGAAGCAGAAGGGGACCGGCCCACGACGCCCGCUGAGCACUUAGAGACCUCCCCAGCCGAGCCCCCGACAGACAGCACCUCAGAGCCUGAGGUGGCCGGAAAGCAGGAAACACGGGAGGGGGACCAGGCUAAGCCUCCCCCCAGAGCUCCCAAGACGGUCAGCAGUUUCUUCGCCCCCCGGAAGCCGGCGACCAAGAAAGAAGGGAAAGAAGAGGGACCUGGCGCCCCUAGAAAGGAGGAGGCCAAAGGACCCCUGGACCCCUCUGGCUACAACCCGGCCAAGAACAACUACCAUCCCGUCGACGACGCCUGCUGGAAGCCGGGCCAGAAGGUCCCUUACCUGGCUGUGGCCCGGACAUUUGAGAAGAUUGAGGAGGUUUCUGCUCGGCUCCGGAUGGUGGAGACACUGAGCAACUUGCUGCGUUCCGUGGUGGCCCUGUCCCCCCCAGACCUGCUCCCCAUCCUCUACCUCAGCCUCAACCGCCUCGGGCCGCCCCAGCAGGGCCUGGAGCUUGGCGUCGGGGACGGGGUCCUCCUCAAGGCGGUGGCCCAGGCCACGGGGCGGCAGCUGGAGUCCGUUAAGGCCGAGGCGGCCGAGAAGGGCGACGUGGGGCUGGUGGCCGAGAACAGCCGCAGCACCCAGAGACUCAUGCUGCCCCCGCCCGCUCUCACGGCCGCCGGGGUCUUCGCCAAGUUCCGAGACAUCGCCGGGCUCGCCGGCAGCGCUUCCACAGCCAAGAAGAUGGACGUCAUCAAAGGCCUCUUUGUCGCCUGCCGUCACUCAGAAGCCCGAUUCAUCGCCAGAGCCCUGAGCGGACGGCUACGCCUCGGGCUGGCAGAGCAGUCGGUGCUGGCCGCCCUCGCCCAGGCUGUGAGCCUCACGCCCCCCGGCCAAGAUUUCCCCCCGGCUGUCGUGGACGCUGGGAAGGGCCGGACAGCGGAGGCCCGGAAGACGUGGCUGGAGGAACAGGGCAUGAUCCUGAAGCAGACGUUCUGCGAGGUGCCCGACCUGGACCGCAUCAUCCCCGUGCUGCUGGAGCACGGCCUGGAGCACCUCCCGGAGCACUGCAGGCUGAGCCCAGGGGUCCCCCUGAAACCGAUGCUGGCACACCCCACCCGCGGUGUCAGCGAGGUCCUGAAACGCUUUGAGGAGGCGGCUUUCACCUGCGAGUACAAAUACGACGGGCAGAGGGCGCAGAUCCAUGUCCUGGAAGGCGGGGAGGUAAAGAUCUUCAGCAGGAAUCAGGAAGACAAUACCGGAAAGUACCCGGACAUCAUCAGCCGCAUCCCCAAGAUUAAACUGCCAUCAGUCACAUCCUUCAUCCUGGACACGGAAGCCGUGGCUUGGGACCGGGAAAAGAAGCAGAUCCAGCCGUUCCAAGUGCUCACCACCCGCAAACGCAAGGAGGUGGACGCAGCAGACAUCCAGGUCCAGGUUUGUCUAUAUGCCUUCGACCUCAUCUACCUCAAUGGAGAGUCCCUGGUACGCGAGCCCCUUUCCCGGCGCCGACAGCUGCUCCGGGAGAACUUCAUGCAGACGGAGGGCGAGUUCGUCUUCGCCACCUCUCUGGACACCAAGGACACAGACCAGAUCGCCGAGUUCUUGGAGCAGUCCGUGAAAGACUCCUGCGAGGGGCUGAUGGUAAAGACCCUGGACGUCGACGCCACCUACGAGAUCGCCAAGAGAUCACACAACUGGCUCAAGCUGAAGAAGGACUACCUCGAUGGCGUGGGCGACACCCUGGACCUCGUGGUGAUCGGCGCCUACCUGGGCCGUGGGAAGCGGGCCGGCCGCUAUGGGGGUUUUCUACUGGCGGCCUACGACGAGGAGAGUGAGGAGCUCCAGGCCAUAUGCAAGCUUGGAACUGGCUUCAGUGACGAGGAGCUAGAGGACCAUUUCCAGAGCCUCCAGGCCCUGGUGCUGCCCACCCCACGCUCCUACGUCCGGGCCGACGGCGCCGUGGCCCCUGAUCACUGGCUGGACCCCAGCGCCGUGUGGGAGGUGAAAUGUGCCGAUCUGUCCCUGUCCCCCAUCUACCCCGCUGCCCGGGGCCUGGUGGAUAGCGAGAAGGGGAUCUCCCUCCGUUUCCCCCGGUUUAUUCGCGUCCGCGAAGACAAGAAGCCGGAGGAGGCUACCACCAGUGCCCAGGUGGCCUCUCUGUAUAAGAAGCAGAGUCAGAUUCAAAACCAGCAGGGCGCGGACUUAGACUCCGACCCGGAAGAUUUCUACUAGGCUCCCACCCUCCCCGGGGCACCGGGGGCAUCACCUCUGUUGUUCAGCAAAUCCGGUGUCACAGUCGAGUGGGUUUUGAGUGUCAGAUGUGUGCGUGCGCGCCCGGGGACAGUUUAAGUUGGGAUCCGGGAUUUCACCAGUCGUUUGUGUUUUCAAUAAAUAAUUAUUGAACCCCCA